UUGAUCCCGUCAAUACUUACAGAAUAAACAUUUCAACUAAAUUUUCUGCAUCUAAAGUUCACUUCCCUUAUAUGUAUGUAUAGAUUUUGGACAGUGUUUUUGAGGUUUCGGAAGAAUUUAUCUUCUGUAAAUGGUGGGUGUUCCACUGGUAUCUAAAAGUCUAAUCACUCUCCUUGAUAAAUGCAAAUCAUUGCAUUCACUCAAACAACUUCAUGCUUUGUUAAUCACUCUUGAUCUCUGCCAAGAUGACCCAUUUCUAUCUAAAUUUUUCUCUUUUACUGCACUCUCUUAUCCUGCUAACAUCGAUUACUCAUGUAGAAUCUUGUUACAUUUACAAAACCAAUCAAUCUUUUACUGGAACAUUUUCGUUAGAGGUUACGCCAACGCCAAAAACCCAAAUAAAUCCAUCUCUCUUUUUGUUAAAAUGUUGCGACUUGGAAUCUCACCAGACUAUUUAACCUACCCAUUUGUUAUAAAGGCUUCUGCUCGCCUUUUGAAGCGAGAACUUGCCGUGGCAAUUCACUGUCACACUGCAAAAACUGGGUAUGAGUCCGAUAGGUUUAUUGCAAAUUCUUUAAUUCAUUUGUAUGGGUCAUGUGGCGAUAUAUUUUAUGCCCGUAAGGUGUUCGAUGGAAUGUCUGUGAAGAACUUGGUUUCUUGGAAUUCUAUGUUGGAUGGGUAUGCCAAGUGCGGUAAAAUGAAUUUGGCAAGAGAAGUGUUUGAUUUGAUGCCAGAAAAGGAUGUUGUGUCGUGGAGUUCUUUGAUUGAUGGAUACGUUAAAAGUGGGGAUUAUAAAGAGGCAAUGGCAAUUUUUGAGGAAAUGAGAGGUGUUGGUCCCAAGGCCAAUGAGGUGACUAUGGUGAGUGUGUUGUGUGCUUGUGCCCAUUUAGGUGCGCUUGAUCAAGGAAGAAUGAUGCAUCAAUAUAUGGUUGAUAAUGGAUUGCCGUUGAAUUUGGUUUUGAAAACUUCACUUGUUGAUAUGUAUGCCAAAUGCGGGGCAAUCAAUGAAGCGUUGCAUGUAUUUCGUGGAGUUAGAUUGAAUCAGAGCGAUGUUUUGAUAUGGAAUGCCAUGAUUGGAGGGCUUGCAGUGCAUGGAUUGGUUAAAGAGUCCCUUGAAUUGUUCAAAGAAAUGCAAAUGUUUGGAAUCACCCCAGAUGAAAUUACAUUCUUGUGUUUAUUAAGUGCUUGUGUCCAUGGAGGUUUAGUUACUGAAGCUUGGUAUAUCUUUGAUUGUCUUGGUAAAUAUGACAUGACCCCUAAGAGUGAGCAUUAUGCUUGCCUAGUUGAUGUUCUCUCGCGUGCUGGUCGAGUAGCAGAGGCGUACAAUUUUGUGUGUCAAAUGCCCGUGGAGCCUACAGCUUCGAUGUUGGGUGCUCUGCUCACUGGAUGUAUGACCCAUGGUAAAUUGGAUCUUGCGGAAAUAGUUGGAAAGAAGCUUGUCGAGUUGGAACCAGAUCAUGAUGGCAGAUAUGUGGGGUUGUCGAAUGUUUAUGCAGUUUCCAAACGCUGGGAUGAUGCAAGAACAAUGAGGGAAGCCAUGGAGUUGAGAGGAGUGAAAAAGUAUCCUGGUUGUAGUUUUGUAGAGAUGUUUGGAACUCUCCAUAGAUUCAUUGCUCAUGAUAAAACUCAUCCUUGUUCAGAAAAAAUCUACAUGAUGCUAGAUUUUAUUGCAGGACAAAUGAAACUUCAUGUUUAUCACGAAAAUCAAGAACACCUUAUGUAUGAUAUGACAGGUAUUUGAGUUGCUCAUUUUUCUUUUCUAUAAAUGUCAAUUAAAGUUUAA